CUCGUUCACGACCUGACGCGUUUGUUGAGGUUGAAUUGGUCGUCAAAGGGAAGCAAAGAAGGAAGAACAGAGAGAAGACGGAGGGGAUUUGACUAUCGUGAAGAGAAGAAGAAGACGCGUCGAGGAAGAGAAGACUGCAGCAUGGAGACAACUCCUACGAAGCAACCAGAUCGAACGCGAUCCUCCUCCUCCUCCUCUACUCCACCGCCAGUUAACAAAAGAGAUGCAAGUCCACUGGAUCAGAAUCAGAAUAAGAGCCAGAGCCAGCAUCAGCAGCCAGGCAAAGACAGUUUACGCGCAAACGUGGAUUUCUACGCUGCAAGAAUGCAGGACAGUAUCCGGCACGAGCGCGCGAGGUUUGAUAAUCUUGAGGUUCUUUGGACAGAGCAGAAAAAAGAUCUCGAGACUGAAGUCCAGCACUGGCGUCAACGGGCUCAAGAUCUCGAGAAGACAUGGAAACCAAACACACUUGACUCAUCCUCGUCAUUGCCGCCUUCAGAAGCAGAUGCAGAGCAAGAUAAACGACUGAUCAAACAUCUGCAGCAAGAACUCGCGAGAUAUAAAGCUCUCGCGGCUGCAAAGUCUGAUACUACCGCAGCAGAGUUACCGCCCAGUUCCCCUUUACAAUCCGCGCCUUCUCAGACAUCACACCACACUGCAGACCAAAACGACAUCACAGCAAAAGAAGACGAACUCGACGAUCUCAAAGCCGAAGCAACCCGCUUAGCAACCGAAAACGCAGCGCUAAAACGCACACUCGACUCCUACAUCUCGCGCCGCUCCAAAGACGAGUCCGCGAUCGAGAAAUGGCAGCAAACGCUUGAAAAACGGCAGUCUAGGAUCGCCGAGCUUAAGAGCCAGGUCAGUGAGCUGACGAAGGUUAAUGAGAGUUUGCAGCGGGAGCGGGAGGAGGUACAGAGCAAGAAGGAUGGCGAUGGACAGAAGCGGGUUGAGGAGCUUCAGGCUGCGGUCAAGGUCGAAGAAGAACGACUUCGCAGCGCGCAGGAGUCUGAACGGACAGUUGCGAGCAGGAUCAAAACCCUCCAACGACACCUCGAAGCCACGCACUCGUUCUCCGCAACAGCCUCCAAAGCCAUUUCAACCGCAGGAGCCUCUACAGGCACAGAGGCGGUAGACGAGCUAGUGAAUCAACUUGUGGCCGCCAACGCGGGAAUGUCAGACCGGCUCUUAAAGCUACUCGACCAGCGCUCGCGGGACUCAGAAGCCAUAAGUCGCUGGCGGGUAUCGAUGGACUCGAUCCGCGCUGAGCUUGAACACAUGAAAGGCAAGGCAGAGCAGCUUGAAGCACGCGCGUGUGCUGCAGAGAAGAGGGUUGCGGAACUGGAGCAGGGCAAGAAGAAGAUGAAGAGUCGGGCACCGAUGACGCCGAUUUCGGCGGUAGCGCCUCGUGUUCAACAACUUCGCUCGUCUAUAAACAGUCCUUUGUCUCCUUCGACUUCUGUCGAUAUACCGCCAAAAGUAAAGCCGGACCCCGAUGCUCCUACGCCAAGCAACUCGAGCGAGCACAAAGAAAUAUACAUCAAACCCGAACCAACUACGAAUCCCGCGACUUCUGCUCAACCCCAAGCAGCACCAGCUGAAUUCACUCUUGCGGCGGCAGCGGCAGCGGCAGCGAUUGUGCUACAGGCGUCGCCGUCGCCUACAUUCAGUCCGUCUUCGUCACCGUUGGGGAGGCACACAAGUGGUGCUCGAGAGGGGUUGAAAAGUAAUGCAAAUCUACAGAUGACGCGCGCUGGGGAGAAAGCUAGCAACAGCAGCAGAACGCCGUUACAGGACAAGAGCGAGUUGGCGAAUCAUACAGGACAGACGGGGCCACACUCGACGCUUUACAACCUACUAGAGAAGAACACCAAGAAACGACAAAAACCGCACGACGAUGACAACCCGCCAAAUGCUCUCGGCAAGCGAAUGAAGACUAGCAUUGACGAUUCUGUACAAGACCAGAAAGGGGAAAGAAGCCCGUUGAUUAGCGAGGAUGUUGCGCGCCAGAAUAAAGGACAGGCGCGGUACAGUACCUCGAUCGCAAAACCACCCGGCAAACGCGAGUGGAUAUUGGAAGAUUUUAUAGUAAACCCAAGCUACGCAAACCAACACGGCAUCCCGCAUGCAUUUCACGAAGUAACCCGCAACCGAGAGGAGCGCGCAUGUUUACACGGCACCGACUGCGCCAGAUGCAAGGAUUUCUACGCCGCCGCGGGACCGCACGUCGGGUUACCUUCUGGUCCGCGGUGGAAUGAUAAGAGUCCUGCAGCGGGAGUAGCAGUAGCUAGUCCAUCAGUGACAGCUAGAGAAAAGUCACUAAUUGACAAAGUGUCGCGGCAUAAAAGCAAUUGGGAAGAACCACCGUCGCCGCCGGGUUUUUGGCGGUCAGACUUUCCAAACACGCAGGAGGCGGCGGAGGAUAGAGCGGAGGCGCGGCGGAGGAAUAGGGAGAAGGUGGGUGAGAGGUUAGAGGAGGCGUUGAGGAAUGGGAGGUUUUUGUUCAAAGACCCUGCGCUGCGGCCGGUGGAGUAAGCGAGAGCAGGACAGAGAGUAAGGCGGAUGAGUGAGAUUGCACUCAUCUCGAACAAUCACUCAUCUCGAAGCAUAGACGAGUGGUAGUGUGUAAGUUGAGAUUUACUUGAUUACUGAUUACUGG